UAAAUAAACACUGAAAAUGGCGGACAGCCUGUCCGUCUUGACAGUUUUUGUGUCCUCUUUGCUGAUCAGACAGGUCGAUGCUUAUUACUGUGAUAGUGGGAAGUGUGAGAACAAUGAAUACUGCUGUGGAGAAAACAUAUGUUGUGUUUCAUACACAGUUUGGGAGCUGUGGUAUUUCUGGUUUGGUUUGGUGUUUUUCAUGAUCUUGUUAACUUCCUGUAUAUACAUGUGGCGAUCUGGAUACAGAGAGAGAAUUAUUUAUUUUGGAACAAUCCCUCCAUCCUAUAGUCCUUUGUCUCACAAAGAAGCACAUUUACAUACCUCCCGAUACUCAGAUGAAUUUGGUCCCUUGUCAGGAAAUCCAAGAAUGUCACCACCCGCUUACGACGAGGUUGUCGUCCAUGGAUACCAUCAGAAGCUUCCCCAGUGAAUAUUGUGAAAUAUCGACAAGUGUUGGUCACUACUUAAAGUGAGGAAUAGAAUUAGUGAGUUGUUGAUGGAAUAUGAAAACAAAAAAAGUAUUUAUUUCAUAAUUCUAUGUAUUACUUGCUGAAUGUUUUUUUUUUUUUGGAGAUAGACAUUAAUUAAAAAAGGUGUGCUUUAAGGUACUGCUACAUCUUUCAGGUCAAGGUUACAUUUAAAGCAAUAUGAGCUGCAACUUUGAUGUCAGAUUUUUUUGUUGCAAAAUUGUAAAUAACUAU